AUGGACGAGCUGUUCGACGUUUUCGAGGGCAAAGCCGAUGCCAACAGCGCAAGCGAAGAUGAAUCACCCAAUCCUUCCAACCAUCGCAACCGCGGCGGCAGUAAGAAGCGGAAAAUGGACGAAGCAAUGAACUCUACUGUCGAAAAGACCAAGGCCAAUCCAACAAAGGGUGGCACAGCGACCGACACAGAAAUGGCGGAUGGGACAGAAGCCGACGAGGAGGAUGAAGACGACGACGAUCAAGAGGAUUCGUCGCAAGACGCCGGGGAGGACGAAGAAGACGGCGCAGAUAGCCAGCAGGAUAAGAAGCGGCGCAAAAAGGAAGAUGCGCAGGGGCCAGUGUUGACGGACACUUUCAAUACCGCGCAGUCUCGAGAGGUCGCAGGUGCGGCCACGCUGCUGGCCCAGGACUCGUCUCUGGUACUAUCACACAAUAUCCAGCAUCAAGUGGCGUUGCCGCCUGACCUGGACUACGAAUACGUCCCACUGUCUGAGCACAAGAGCCCCGAGGAGCCAGCGCGCACGUGGAACUUCAAGUUGGAUCCGUUCCAGAGCUUGUCUGUUGCAUCGAUAGAACGAGACGAAAGUGUCCUCGUAUCCGCGCACACGUCUGCUGGUAAAACCGUGGUGGCGGAAUACGCCGUGGCCCAGUGCCUCAAGCGCAACCAGCGAGUCAUCUACACCAGCCCCAUCAAAGCGCUGAGCAACCAGAAAUACCGCGACUUUGAGGCAAUCUUUGGCGAUGUGGGCCUGAUGACUGGUGACGUGACCAUCAACCCCACAGCAUCCUGCCUUGUUAUGACCACGGAGAUUCUACGCUCCAUGCUGUACCGUGGCUCUGAGAUCAUGCGCGAGGUCGCCUGGGUGGUGUUUGAUGAGAUCCACUAUAUGCGCGACAAGACGCGUGGUGUUGUCUGGGAGGAAACGAUCAUUAUGCUGCCCGACAAGGUGCGGUACGUGUUCCUGUCAGCGACGAUUCCCAACGCCUUCCAGUUCGCCGAAUGGAUCGCCAAGAUACACCACCAAGCUUGCCAUGUCGUCUACACGGAUUUCCGACCGACACCACUCCAGAAUUACUUCUUUCCAAUGGGUGGUGCGGGCGCAAGAAUGGUUGUUGACGAAAAGGGCAACUUCAACGAGAGCAAUUUCAACACAGUCAUGAAAGAGGUUGAGGAGAAGAAGGGCGCUGAAUCGAACGAUGCCAACGCAAAAUUGAAGGGCAAGGGCAAGAACAAGAAGACAAGCAAAGGCGGUAAAGACGACGGUACGGACAUCAAUCGCCUCAUUAAGAUGACCAUCCGGAAAGAGAUGAAUCCUGUCAUUGUGUUCAACUUCAGCAAGCGCGAGUGUGAGGAUCUCGCGCUCAAGGUGUCCAAGAUGGGCUUCAACGACGACUCGGAAAAGGGCAUGGUACGCAAGGUGUUCAGCAGCGCCAUUGACAGCUUGUCCGAGCAGGAUCGCGAGCUGCCACAAAUCUCGAACCUCUUGCCACUGCUGGAGCGUGGUAUCGGCGUGCACCACUCCGGACUCCUCCCCAUCCUCAAAGAGACCAUUGAGAUUCUCUUCCAGGAGUCACUGAUCAAGGUCCUGUUCGCCACCGAGACCUUUUCCAUCGGACUCAACAUGCCGGCCAAGACCGUCGUAUUCUCUCAAGUCACCAAGUGGGACGGCGUUAAGCGCAGGCCGAUUACUUGUUCCGAGUAUAUCCAAAUGGCAGGUCGUGCAGGUCGUCGUGGUCUCGACGCUCGUGGUUUGGUCAUCAUGAUGAUCGGCGACAAGCUCGAGCCCGAUACUGCCAAGGAGAUUGUGACAGGGCAACAGGACCGAUUGAACUCCGCAUUCUACCUGGGGUACAAUAUGAUUCUCAACCUCCUUCGUAUCGAGGCUAUCUCGCCCGAGUACAUGCUCGAGCGGUGUUUCCACCAGUUCCAGAACGCUGCGAGCGUACCGUCCUUGGAAAAGGAACUCAUGGCGCUGCAGCAGGAGAGAGAUGGGCUGGUGAUCCCAGAUGAGACGACCAUCAAGGACUACUACCAAAUCCGCAACCAGUUGAAUCAAUUCACCGAGGACAUGCGGCACGUCAUCCAACAUCCCCAUCAUUGUAUGGAUUUCUUGCAGCCCGGUCGCCUCGUCAAAAUCUACAACCCCAAAACAUCAACCGAGGGAGUAUUGGGCGGCGUGGACUUUGGCUGGGGCGUCGUGGUGAACACUACGGAACGCAAAGAUCCAAAGAUGGGCGAACCUGCCUACCCGCCUCAGGAGAGCCGCAUCGUUGACGUGCUUUUGGGUGUGUCGAAAAGCAGCUCACCGGUCUCUGAGGGUGAGCAGCCGGGCCCAGAUGGUCUGCCCGUCAACCUGCUGCCCAGCGCGAACGACGACGACGUCAGGUACGAGGUGGUGCCCUGCCUGCUCACCUGCCUUCAGUCCAUCGGUCAGAUUCGCAUCUUCAUGCCCAAGGAUGGUCUGCGCUCCAACGCCAACAAGGAGGAGGUGCGCAAGUCGCUGUUGGAGGUUCGGCGCCGGUUCGAAGGCGACGGCGUCCCGACCCUCGAUCCGCUCGAGAACAUGGAGAUUGUGGACGAGUCCUUCCGCAAGCUCCUGCGCAAGAUCGAGGUCCUCGAGUCGCGUCUCUUGGCCAACCCACUGCAUCUGUCUCCCGCCCUGCCAUCGCUGUGGGACCAGUAUAGUGAAAAGGUCGCCCUUUCGGACAAGAUCAAGGAGAAGAAGAAGGCCAUUGUCAAGGCCCACAGCAUUGCCCAAAUGGACGAGCUCAAGUCCCGAAAACGCGUCCUUCGCCGACUUGGCUUCAUCAACGAUGCGGAAGUUGUUCAGCUCAAGGCCCGAGUUGCCUGUGAGAUUUCAUCUACCGAGGGCCACGAGCUUCUGCUCUCCGAGCUCCUGUUCGACCGCUUCUUCAACGAGCUCACCCCGGAGCACUGCGCCGCCGUCCUGAGCUGCUUCAUCUUCGACGAGAAGCUCGAGACAGCCUCCCUCAAGGAGGAGCUGCAGAAGCCCUACCGGGAGAUACAGGCCAAAGCCCGUCUGGUGGCCAAGGUCAGCCAGGAGUGCAAGCUGGACGUCAACGAGGAGGACUACGCUGCGAGUCUCAAGUGGCAGCUCAUGGAGACCGUGAAUGCGUGGGCUCAAGGCCGGCCGUUCGCCGAGAUCUGUAAAAUGGCCAACGUGUACGAGGGGUCACUGAUCCGCCUGUUCCGUCGCCUUGAAGAAUUGCUUCGCCAGAUGGGCGAGGCCGCCAAGGUGAUGGGCAACGAUGACCUGACCAAGAAGUUCGAGGAGAGCUUGAACAAGGUUCGGAGGGACAUUGUCGCCGCGCAGAGUCUGUAUCUUUAA